AUGAAGGAGUCUCCUCCUAUAGUCCCAGGGACCAAAGGACUUCUCCUAUAGUCCCUAGGAAAACCUGAGUGUUGAAGCUGAUGACCGAGUCAAGGUCGGAAAACACGAUAAGAACAUGGAGCAUAUACAAAACCAAGGAUGCGUCAGGGCCAUCGAUGAAUGCGAUUUGGUUUGGGUUUGUGGCGACUGCAAUAUUGAUUUUAAUGUUCAUCAUAUUGGCAAUCCUGGAACAUCUCUUCAGGUCCGAUCAUUCUUCUUAUUACGAUGGCUCUGCUGAUCAGCUUCAGCAACAUGCUCAAAAAUCUUCUAUGAUUCCGGUUAGUACGUCAGAUGUGUCCGUGGUGAUGCCAGGAGAAAAGCUGCCGUCGUACAUAGCUCUUUCGGCGCCAUUUCCUUGCCGGAGAGAAGGCAUUCGCUGGCCUCCCCACCUCUAAUAUAUUAUACUCUCUCUUAGCUUAGUCGUUGUAUCAUAAUUAUUCUGAUUUGUUUCAUUUAAGCUACAUAAAAGUUUACUCAUACGAAGCCAAUUUCUUCAGUUAAAGCUCUUGAUGUUAACUAAUAAAAGUAUAUGUUUAGUUA